AUGGCGACCUCCAAAGGCGGCGAGAUGGCUCUCGAUAUGCCCGAUCAGCAGAUGGAUACUCAUCGGAUCAUCAGGAAAGCGUACGUAGGCAUCAUUCCCUUCCUAUUUCUCACCACGACCCUGACAUACAUCGACCGAUCCAACGUUUCCUUCGCCAGUCUCCAGUUCAAGUCCGACUUGGGGCUGUCUGCCGAGCAGUAUGGUCUGGGUGCAGGUAUCUUCUACAUUGGGUACGCGGUGUUCCAGAUCCCCAGCAACCUGGUCAUCACUCGCGUGGGGGCUCCCCUGUGGCUUGGCAUGCUCAUCUUUGCAUGGGGGAUCGUGUCAGCCUGCACCUCCACUAUGAAGACCAAGGAGCAGUACUACGCUGUCCGCUUCCUCCUCGGUGUCUUUGAGGCCGGUUGCUUCCCAGGCUCCUGGUGGCACCUGCAGCUCUUCUUCACAAGCCUGGAGGUUGGCUUUGCCUACGCCGCCGUCGCCUCUUCGACAGCCCUGAGCAACGUCAUUGGAGCUCCCAUAGCAGCGGGCAUCCUGUUCAUGGAUGGAGUGGGCGGCUUGCGGGGAUGGCAGUGGCUAUUCAUCCUGGAAGGCUGCAUCACCGCCAUCUAUGGCAUCAUUCUCAAGUUUGUGCUGGCACCCAAGCCGUCGAGCGCGUACUUCCUGAAGCCUUCGGAGCGGACGUGGCUGGCAGCGCGCCAGGACAGGCUGCAGGCCGCCUUCAACAGCAAGCACAGCCGCCAGGGCAACUGGUGGGCCUCCAUUCCAGACUGGAAGAUCUGGUACCUGUCUGUCUGCUAUGCCAUUCUGCAGUUUGGCAUCACCGCCGUCGUCUACUUCAACCCCUUCAUUGUCGAGGCCCUGUUCUUUGGAGGCAACUUCAGCGGCAAGGCACCCAAGCUGCACUUUGCCGACGCGCAUGACCAGGCCUGGCACACGGCCAAGAUCGCGCUCUUCUCCACCGUCCUGUGGGUGCCUGUCGGCGCUGGCAUGAUCUUUGUCUCCUGGUCUGCCAAGCACUUUGGCGAGCGCAACUGGCACUCCUCAAUCCCCUCCCUCAUUGCUGGCAUCUGCUUCCUGGUGGUGCCAACGACAAUCAAGCACAGCCCUGCUGGAGGCUACGUUCUGAUCAUCAUUGCUGCCACCGGCGUCUGGGCACCCCACGGGCCCAUGUGGUCGUGGCCCAAGACCUUCCUGCACGGCCAAGGUGCAGCCGUGGGCAUUGCCAUUUUCAACAGCGUCGGCGCCAUCGGCGGCUUCUGCGGCCCCUAUGUGGUGGGAGCUCUGGUGGACCGCGGCGGCUAUGUGAAGUGCAUGCAGACCCUUGGCGGCCUCUUCCUCAUUCUGGGCGUCGCCAUCGCACUGUACCGGCCAAAGGAUCUGGAGUCUGAGAACGUGGCUGGAGACGGCGUCAGCCGUGAGCCCGAUGCUCCGCGGCCGGACAGCGUCGAGCUGGCCAAGGCAGACAACGAGUCCCAGGCCAAGACUGUCUAA